AUGGAGGAACCGAAUGUCAUUGGUGGGCGGAAGAUGUCCUUGGUCGAGAGACUCAGGGAGUUCACGCCGAUGGUACUUUUUAUGACCUUCUAUCUUGCUGUGACUGCGUGGAACUAUGGAUACGAUGUUUCUGUUUUUGCGGGAGUACAAGCCAUGGGCCCGUUUGUUAAACGGUUUGGUUCAUAUAACGCUGCUACCAAAACGUACAAGAUUCCAUCGUAUCUUGUCUCUAUCCUGAAUUCUUUUCCUUACCUAGGCAAGUUACUGGGAUGCUGGUCGGUCACGCCUAUCGCCGAGCGACUUGGACGCAAAAAGUCCAUUUUAACAGUCAUCUUUACGUCUUUUGUCGGAGUCUUGCUCCAAAUUACUGCAACAACAGUGGCGCAGUUCACUGUCGGGCGUAUGCUCUGUUAUGCCAUGACAGGAAUCUGCGUUAGCAUUAUGCCUGCGUUCAUGGCUGAAUGUGCACCUGCGUGUCUGCGAGGAAUGGUGAGCACACAGUUGCAGAUGCAGAUUGUUGUGGCGCAAUUGGUUGCUUCGGCGGUGAAUUUUGGGACGUCGACUAUUAAAUCGGAUAGGGGAUGGAUGAUCUCAAUUGGAGUGCAGUUCAUCAUGCCGGGUCUUCUGCUUGCAUUAUAUCCGUUCAUUGUCGAAUCGCCGCGAUGGCUGUUAUCUUGUGAUCGAGUUGAAGAUGCUACCAAGUCCCUACGACGACUGCGUAAGAAGGACGCCUCCGAGGAGUCAAUCCAAGAAGAAAUCGGUGUGCUUCGCCACGAGCACGCCAAUAUCGGCAAGGGAUCAUGGAAGGAAGUCUUUGCUGGAACGAACAAGCGACGAACAAUCAUAGCGGUCAUCGUCAUGGUCGGCCAGCAAAUUACCGGCCAGGCAUUCGUUUCACAAUACUCUGUCGUAUUCUACAAGCAACAAGGAUUCAACAACAACUUCGAGCUCGGCAUGAUCCAGCAAGCUCUUGGCGUCGCAGCAACCCUCCUCACCACAUUGGUAGUCGACACCUUUGGCCGACGCCAGAUUCUCAUCAUUGGCGGAACCGCAACCUCCGUCUUUCUCUUCAUCAUGGGCGGCGUGGGGUCCGUACACAAUCCUUCCGUGACGGAGAAGCGCCUCCUAGUUGCAAGCGUAAUGCUGUGGUUCUACUUCUAUCUCCUGUCCUGGGCAUCUGUCCCGUACAUUGUUCUCGGUGAGACCAUGGCGCGCCGGGUGGUGGAGAAGACUGCCAAUCUGGCCGUCUCUCUGUCUGUGAUUUCUGCGUUUUUGGUUUCUUUCACGGCACCUUAUCUUAUUGGAGCGGAGUACGCAAAUCUCGGUGGUAAAGUGGGCUUUAUUUACGGUGCGCUCAGUGUCGUCUUCACGGUUCUUACGUGGCUUUAUGUUCCUGAGAUGAAGGGACAUAGCCUUGAAGAGAUUGAUCUGUUGUUUGAUCAGGGCGUGGGGACUAGAGACUUUCAGAAAGUUGAGAUUAGUCUUACGAGCGCGGUGGCUGAUAAGGCGAGGGAGGUGGAGGAGAUGGCCGCUACUGAGAAAGCGCAGUGA